GAAAUGUUAGGUUGGCAAUAUUUUGAUUUCAGAGCGCAAGCCGUCCCCAGCCCCUUUUGGCUCAAACCAUUUGAGCGGGUUACCGCAUUGAGCACAUCACCUGCUCGUCCUACGCUCUCCUGCUGAAGGCUACGCCGAUCUCACACAGACAAGACGGGUGCGUAGGCAUGGAGGGCUCCCAGGUGCAGCUUCCGCCUCAGUGCGCACGGGACGACAAGCUUCUUGCGGAAUGGACGUUCAUACGAUAUUUGGUGGUCGGGGCGUUCAUGACCUAUCGCUUCUGGAGCUUGUCACUGAGAGCCGAGGCAGAGUACAGAAAAGGAGCAGUUGUCGAGCAAGGCGAUUUGCAGACCGUGUUCGCGGGCUGCCAUCCUUUCGAAUUGCAUCCCAACAUUAGCACGAAACUUGCAACGGCAAUCUGGAUCCCAACCAAGUUAUUUUGGGCAGGGUGUUUGUUCGUCCAGUCAGAGGGGGUAGGGCUUGCAGUGUACUUUGGUGUCUCUGCGCUGAUGGACAACUGCACUAUAUUCUUGAUCCACGUCUCCUUUUUCUGCAAAUGCGUCACAUCGGUGGCAGUAUACACAAUGUCGUUGGCGAGUUUUCUGCCGACUGCAGCCUUCGCGAAGUGUUUCCAGCACCGGUGUUAUGAAGGGAAACCGUGGAACCCGAUGCGUGCUGAGCGUUGGUACAAAAGCAAGCUGUUCUUUGUUGCGGCCAUUGUCCUCAUCACGCUGCUGUUCUUCAUAUUGCGGUUGAAGGUGAUCGAAACAAUUCGAUGGGACGCAAUCGUGAACGAUUUACUUAAUCAUUUAGGGGCCAUUAAGGUGCCAUUGGCUAUAACUGUCCCUCCUUUGAUCGAUUUGGUUCAGUCGUUCAUGCUUGUAAUUGUCGCCAGGUCGCAAGUGCACACAAGUGAGGCAUUCUUAUCAAGGGAUUCAGACAUGCCGAGUUUAACUUCAAAUAGAAUUAUUGCUGUUCGUAGUGUAGGUCCUCGCGAAGAGCAACAGAGCGACACGAGGUCGACCCACAGUGCGUCGUUAUGAACGAGCGCUUCCAGCUCUUUCGUCCCAUCCUUUCUCCAUUUCAUUCUCCUUCUCCUCUUGCUUGCAUGUCUUGUUGCUCUUUGUACACGUCAACUGGCAACCCAGUGCCGCACAGAAUACGGUAAGCCUCCUUACCGCCACCUGCAUCAAGGACCGACGAGCAUCGGGAUAAAAUAGUUGCGGCCGAAUUUGAUUGACGCUUCCCAGUGGUUGAGGCGCAUACGUAGUUCCACGGGCAAAAAUCGAGGAUACACCAGUUCACGCUUGCGUCAUGCUCC